GUGGAUGUUGUUUCCUUUCUUUGGUGGUUUGGUUUGGUUGGGUCAAACAAACUCAAACAGACAUGCCGCUAGCUGCAUUAUAAAUUGACUACGAGUAGAGUAGUGAGGAGGAGUAGAUUUCAAAUUAUUUGUCCCAAACCCAACCCCCCAGGCCCCAAGCCCAACGGUAGCAAGCAGCAAUGCGGCGGAUGCUGCUGCUGUUGCUGCUGCUUCCGGCGGCGGCGGCGGCUGUGUCCCUCCCUCCGUCGAACAAGGUGGUGUUCAUCCUGGGAGGGCAGUCGAACAUGGCGGGGCGCGGGGGCGUGGUGGGGUCCCACUGGGACGGCAUGGUUCCCCCGGAGUGCGCCCCCAACCCCUCCAUCCUCCGCCUCUCCCCGCAGCUCCGAUGGGAGGAGGCCCACGAGCCGCUCCACAACGGCAUCGACUCCAACCGCACCUGCGGCGUCGGUCCCGGGAUGUCCUUCGCUAACGCCCUCCUUCGCUCCGGCCAGUUCCCUGUCAUCGGCCUCGUCCCCUGCGCCGUCGGCGGCACCAGGAUGGCCGACUGGGCCAAGGGCACCGACCUCUACUCCGAUCUCGUCCGCCGCUCCAGGGUCGCCCUCGAGACCGGCGGCCGCAUCGGCGCUGUCCUCUGGUACCAGGGGGAGAGCGACACCGUGCGCUGGGCCGACGCCAACGAGUACGCCCGCCGGAUGGCCAUGCUCGUCCGCAACCUGCGCGCCGAUCUCGCCAUGCCACACCUUCUCCUCAUCCAGGUAGGACUAGCAUCAGGGCUUGGGCAAUAUACUGAAGUAGUAAGGGAAGCUCAGAAAGGGAUCAAACUUCGAAACGUGAGAUUUGUUGAUGCAAAGGGUUUGCCACUAGAAGAUGGCCAUCUGCACCUUAGCACCCAAGCGCAAGUCCAGCUUGGACAUAUGUUGGCUCAAGCCUAUUUGAACUAUGGGCAUGCACAUUCUCAAUCCCCUAUAUCAUGGUGGCUGCAAAUUAUGUUGGCAUGCUGCUUCAUAUUUCUCUGACGGGAACCGUGCACAUGUAUGAUCAUGCCAGACAGAGGAGCUGAAGAAGAAACUGGUAGGCCUUUUGCACAUAAUCAUAUACCAACACACACACAACACAAGCAUUUUGACGUGAUGCUGUUAGAAGAUUCACUUUGUGUAAAGUAAAGCAGACUAAACAUUCACAAAUUCUUUCCCAGACAGGUGAUAGAUCAGUUCCAUACACUAUACACGAUUUUCUCCCUCUCAUUACAUAUAUAAAAAUCCUAGUCUCAGUGUAUUUUGUGCUCUUCAACAUUAAUUGUUACCAUUUGGCACGUCCAAAUUAGGAGUUGGCUCAAGUGUACAAUGCAUCAGUGCUGGUUCAUGCUGGUGCGUAACUCUAACAACAUUACAUGAACAGCAAAAACUGAUACAUCUGUGAAUAUAUGCACUCAAUACAUAGCGAGUAAGCUAUAUAUGCUAACAUACAUUGAAAUUAAAGAAGCGGUUGAGAGAGAGAAACUAUAUCAUGCUACUUUAGGUAUAAAACUAGUGUUUUGCUUGGAUUGAUGUGGAGCUGCAUAUAUUUUUCGGCAUAGUACCCAGCCACUGUAAACUUGCGCUUGAGUUAAAUAUAUAUACUCCGGCCGUAUUACUAAUAUGAGUCAAAAGAGAACGUUCAAUCUCGAGGGCAUACUAAGAUGCAGAAAAAAAUAUUCGAUUUUAUAUGGAGAAAAAUAAUAUGAAUUUUAUGUGGAUCAUACAAAGGAAGAUACCAAAUAAUAAUAACUGGGGACCAUUACAAGCACACCACCUUGAGUAGAGGAACAUUUUGUCCCUAGUCAGUUGAGUGUCAGGAUGGUACCAAAAAAAAAAAA